AGGAUACGAUGACUCUGCUGUCUCUGCUGGGUCGCAUCAUGCGCUACUUCUUGCUGAGACCCGAGACGCUGUUCCUGCUGUGCGUCAGCCUGGCCCUGUGGAGCUACUUCUUCCACACGGACGAGGUGAAGACCAUCGUCAAGUCCAGCCGCGACGCCGUGAAGAUGGUGAAGGGCAAGGUGGCCGAGAUCAUGCAGAACGACCGCCUGGGCGGGCUGGACGUGCUCGAGGCCGAGUUCUCCAAGACCUGGGAGUUCAAGAGCCACAACGUGGCCGUCUACUCCAUCCAGGGCCGCCGGGACCACAUGGAGGACCGCUUCCAGGUUCUCACGGACCUGGCCAACAAGACGCACCCGUCCAUCUUCGGGAUCUUCGACGGGCACGGCGGCGAGACGGCAGCUGAAUAUGUGAAAUCUCGACUCCCAGAAGCCCUCAAACAGCAUCUUCAGGACUAUGAGAAGGACAAGGAAAACAGUGUGUUGUCUUAUCAGACCAUUCUUGAACAGCAGAUUCUAUCAAUUGACCGGGAAAUGCUAGAAAAACUCACUGUUUCCUAUGACGAAGCAGGCACGACGUGUUUGAUUGCUCUACUGUCAGAUAAAGACCUCACUGUGGCCAAUGUAGGUGACUCAAGAGGAGUUCUGUGUGACAAAGAUGGGAACGCCAUUCCUUUGUCUCAUGACCACAAACCUUACCAACUGAAGGAAAGAAAGAGGAUCAAGAGAGCUGGUGGUUUCAUCAGUUUCAAUGGCUCAUGGAGGGUCCAGGGAAUCCUGGCCAUGUCUCGAUCCCUGGGAGAUUAUCCACUGAAAAAUCUCAAUGUGGUCAUCCCGGACCCCGACAUCCUAACCUUUGACCUGGACAAGCUCCAGCCCGAGUUCAUGAUCUUGGCGUCUGAUGGCCUGUGGGAUGCUUUCAGCAAUGAAGAAGCUGUUCGAUUCAUCAAGGAGCGUUUGGAUGAACCUCACUUUGGGGCAAAGAGCAUAGUUUUACAGUCAUUUUAUAGAGGCUGCCCUGACAAUAUUACAGUCAUGGUGGUGAAGUUCAGGAAUAGCAGCAAAACAGAAGAGCAGUGAACCCUCCAGGGGUCUCCGCUGCCUUAGACGAAGGACUUUUCACACACUGGUCUCUUUCAUGUAGUAAAAGGUGUGGGAAUUGUAAUUAGGAUCAUCCGCCCCAGACUCUAAGCGUCCCCCUCCCUCCCUUGGUGGUCUUAGAUUGAUAAUGGAGAGAUGAACAGAGAUGCCCUGGCCAAAGUGGUAGAAAGGCUGGAAAAUGGUUUCUUCAUGCUUUCCCAACUCUCUCAUCAGUGUCAAAAUAUAUAAGUAGGUAGCUGUAGAUGCCCAAACCCGGGGAUGGCCGGUGUGCUCGCGGCAGUCUGUUGCAGGUUCUUUUCAGGAUCUCCAUCACAGUCGUCCAGGGUUCAGCCUUCAUGGCUGCUCUGCAUGCAGGGGCAGGGACACGCCUUCCCUGCCACAUGGGAUGGGCACGGUGUUGCCUGGCCAGUUGAGAGCCAGAAUGUCAGUACCCUCUCCCUAAGGACAGAGUGGUCUGAAAAUGCUUUGUCCUCCCGAGACUGCAGCCGCCCCGAGGCAGAUCUGUAAUGGAUUCUUGGCUUGCUCAUGGAGACUGAAGGGAGUGGCAAGCACCAGAUAGCAGGGCCUCCUGGCAUCCUGGCAUGGCCUCUACAGCAGGAAUGGGCCCUCCCCUCACUCCCCGCUUAGUUGAUGACUCCUGGCCCACCCUGGUGCGAUUCUCUCCAUUGCGCAUGACUAUGUCUCUGGCUCACAUCUGUGACAGACAGAUGUUUGGCUGCCAAACCCCACAGUUUGUCCUCUUACCAAUACAACAUGAGGGGAAGCAAAGCAAACUACAGUGUCAGAUUCCUUCCAUCUUUAAGAGUGAGUUAGGAGAGAGAAACUCCCAGUGCCCCUGGAAAUCUGUCUGAACUGGGAGAGAAAGAGAGCUGGAGAGACCACCGCCCAAGUGCUGCUUCCUGUGCAGCUAGCUUUGCUUCCCUUGCAGCUAGCUUUGCUUUCUGUGCAGCUAGCUUUGCUUCCCAUGAAGCUGGCUUUCCUCCCCCAGCACACUGACUUUCGAGUAUCUGUCAAGCAGAGAUUAGAGAAGCAGCGGCCGAGAAAUGUGUGUGGGUCCCUUGAAGCUCAGUUUCAAGCCACCAUUUGCACACUUGAGAAUUGAAGGAACUUCUUGGACAUGCUUCUCUUAUCAGCCAUGCAAAGAGCCUUCCCUAGACAAAUGUGAAUUGCCUCACAUCACCUGGAGGAAGACAGCCCAGGGCCUGCAAAGCUGGUUUGCACCUCAAGAAAGGCUCUGUAUGGAGAAGGAUUUGGAGACCUGGUUUGCUGCUCUCCAUUUCCUGUCACCAAAGUCCUGUUUUUUUCCCCUAGCCUUAGUAUUUUUUAUGUUAACUUAAAGAAAAUCUCGGUUAUCCUUUUUGUCUAAAGAAAUAGAGGCAACUCAAGCAGCCAAACAAGAGUCUUGUUGCCUUUCUACCUGUACGGGCUCAACCUGGGUCUGGUUCUUUCUGAAGCCAUCCAGCCCCUCUUCACCGGCGCCUUCCUUCCCCAGUGUCCUGCCUCCGUCCUUCAGCUGCAGAGCCUCCCCAAGAAGCCCUUCUGUGUCAAGACCUGUGAAGAAGAAAGAUGAACUUGGGCUGCUGAGGUCUGCCCUUUGCCUUGACUCUUCCCACAGCUUAACCUUCCUUUGACUGCACUGAGGAUUAUUAAUGAUUUCCCAAGAGAUUUGCUUAUUUUCUCAUACACACACACACACACACACACACACACACACACACACACACACACACACACACACACACACACACACUGUAUUUCCCAACCUUAGAAUUAGAAUAUUGGUUAUUGCUUCUUAACUGUAGAAGGUUUUAGUACGAAAUAUCUACCACCCCUUUUAGAUCCUGUAGAAAGCCACUGAAUGCAUGGGUGCGUGUUCAGGUGGGGGUGGGCUGGGAGAGGGAGUGACAAGUCCACUGCGUCAAGGAUGUUGGGCAAUCAGGCUGUUUGCUGAGGGUUCGUUAACAUAGUCCAUUCUCUAACUGAAGCACUAGCAUUUUAUCAUCCAUACCCACCUCGCCUUCCUUAUUUACCUUCAUUGUUUUCUGUGUGUUGGUACUGGGACUUGAACUCAGGGUGUGGACACUACACUGUUCCUUAGCUUUUGGGCUCAA